AUGGUCACCUUGUUUCAAAGAGAAAAAAAGCACACUGGCGUAUUCGUUGCUUUUGGGAAGUAUGUCUGGUUAGAAAAUAACCACGCUGCUUACAGUACUUUCGGCAAAGGCGCUCUUUCGCGUAGUGAUCCCACAUGGCUUCAACGAACACGAGCUCUGACAGCACAAACUACAACUAAUGGCAACGAGCUACAGUAUCUUGAACAGCUAACUGUUAAUCGACGAAGGCAACGACGCGGGUUACAACAAAACGAGAGCGAUGUGGAACGAGCGAAUCGAGUCCUCGACGCAACAGGCGAUCGCAACUUUGAAGAGUAUCGGCUUGACUUGUACGAAGCGUUUUAUCUUUUGUAUGCUUUGGAUGCGAUCCAUAUCAAUGACCCUAGCCGCCAAUUGAAGCAGCUAUCCAUUGAUGAUUGCUGGAUGCAAUUCAACCGGUGCGUUCCAGAGUUUGCAACCCAUUAUGCUGUCUACCAUUACUAUCGUACUCUUGGUUGGGCACCAAAGCAAGGAUCCAAGUUCGGUGUGGAUUAUGUGCUCUAUCGUUCGGGUCCUAGGCACAUGCACGGAGAUUUCGCUGUGAAAAUUAUGCAUCCUAACGAGUCAUACGAUUGGCAAACACUCCAUCAACUCGCCCGAGUUUGUACUCAAGUGAAAAAGACGCUGAUUCUAUGCUAUGCCAAACCUCCUACUUCAACGACACAUCCAAGCUGCUUAUCCGGUUUUGAGAUACGAGAAUUAAUAAUGAAGAGAUGGUCACCUGAAAAGAAUAGAGAAAAGUGGGUUAGAUAG